CUCAAAAGAAGACCUACAAUCGUCCUCCUCCUCUCCUCCAUUUUCCUCUCUCUCUGUGUCUCUCUCUCUCACACACACACACAAGCCCACAUGGCUAAACUAUACUCCAUGGCGGCAGUGUCCAUGUUAGACUAUGCACAAAGAAGCUGAAAUUCGAUGAACAUUCCAAAAAAACCUCACUUUUAUUUUCGUGGUGGGUUUUGGGUCAUCACUGACUUUUGUUUAGGUGUUUGUUGCUCAAAUUCUUUUUGAAUGGCGGAAUUGGUCUGGCCGAGGUUGUACAGCUGCUAUAAUUGUCGAAAUCAUGUCUCGCUUCAUGAUGAUAUAGUUUCUAAGGCUUUCCAGGGAAGAAAUGGCCGAGCUUUUCUGUUCUCCCAUGCAAUGAAUGUAAUUGUUGGGCCUAAGGAAGACAGGGAGCUCACGACUGGUCUUCACACAGUUGCCGAUGUGUCUUGUGCUGAUUGUCGUGAAGUGUUGGGUUGGAAGUACGAACGAGCUUAUGAGGCAACUCAAAAGUACAAAGAAGGGAAGUUUAUACUUGAGAAAGCGAAAAUUGUAAAGGAAAACUGGUAGCCUUCUGUCAAUGUCCUCAUUCCAUUUGUCUCGACUCUCAAAUGUUGUUGUAAGUGUCUUGAUUCUUCCUAAUGUUCAUCUUGUACAGAAACUUGUCAUUGUUGCAAUGUGUGCACUUUCACCGUCUUACAUGUAUGAAUGUUUCAACAACUUCUUUUGUUAAUAAAAUUGAACCGUCAUUCUUGUCUCCAA